AUGGAGGAUCUGUACAUGAACAUUGAGGAGGUUAAACGUGUCAACACGGGAUCUUCAGCUCCUCAGGUCUCAAACAGGGGCUUACGUAGAGCUGUUGUCUUUCUGGGGUUCUUCUGUGGUUCCCUGAUGUUUGGACUCAUCGGCCUCGGGGUCUACAACCAGCAAAGACCAGAUGUCAGACCUGAACGGCAGCUCCAGACCAGCAGAGACCAGAUAUCAGACCUGAUUAGAGACCGAGACCAGCUCAACACCAGCCUCAUCAGAGCCAACCAGGAAGUGGAGAGGCUGCAGACUCUGCCCAAAAAGCAGAAGACAACGUGUCCUGCAGGAUGGAGGAUGUCCUUUUGCAGCUGUUACUUCUUUUCCAGUACAGCUGGACCCUGGGAAGCAGGAAGAAACGACUGCAAAAACAGAGACGCAGAUCUGGUGGUGAUAGACAGCACAGAGGAACAGGAGUUCAUCCAAGGGUUCAAACAGGAAUAUUGGAUCGGUUUGAACGAUCUUGUCAGCGAGGGAACCUGGAAAUGGGUCGAUGGAUCUUCAGUCACACUGAAGUUCUGGAAUCCGGGGGAACCGAACAACGGUAAGGCGCGUAAUGGUAUGCAUUUGUAUGAGGAGGACUGUGGACAAAAAACUGCGAAGGGUAAAUGGAAUGAUCGGCACUGUGGCGUCCCGAUGCGUUGGAUCUGUGAGAAAUAGCUGCAGUGUUUAGAAUCUGACCAAAAGUCACACACAGGAUUUUAUUAGAACGCCUUUAGCUGUGAUGGUGUAUGACAUUGGAGAUACUCCUUUUAAAGCUACACCAGUUAUUAUGGAAUAUGUUCAAUAUCGCUGUUCUUAUCACUGCAGGUUCUGGGGUUGGUCAUUUUAUUGAUGAUUUUGUUGGUUAUUCUUCACUUUUUUAUUGUUUUUGUUCAUUUCUUGAUUAUUUUGUUUAUUUUGUUGAGUGUUUUGUUCCUUUUUGUUAAAUUUCUUGAUUGGUGAAAGGUUGUGUGUGAGCGCACCGGAGCGCAAAAUGGUGAUUGAAGGGUUAAACUUAAAGCUGCCUGUUUGUAACUGCAGCGGUGGGUGGUUUUUGUUAAACAGUUGGGUUAUUUGUGUUUUAUAUUAAAAAUAAUCAUGUAUCGUAAAAGUAAUUCGCCUGGGCACAGGAUUCCAGUUGUUUAACUAUGUCAGUUAAUUAUAGUCAUAGUAGUGAGUUUGUUGGGUUUAAAUAAUGUUAAUUGAGUGCAACUAAUUGGAUUUUCUACUUCUACUUAUUC